AUGGCAGUAAUCGAGGUUGAGUACAGAGGUCCCAUUGCGGUCAUCGUACUUAACAAACCCAACAAGCUGAAUGCUCUGACCAAAGACGAGUUCUACGAGCUUGCACGCACACUCCAGGAAGUCAGCAACCAUGACGAAGUGGUAGCGACUGUGUUGACAGGCACUGGAAGGUUUUUCUCGGCCGGCGCAGACGUGUCAGUUUCCAGACAGACGCCCAAGGGCACGGAUUUGUACCGACACAACUUGACCGUCACCGUAGCCAGCAACAUGAAUCUUGCACGGGCAUUCUACACACACCCCAAGAUCCUGGUAGUAGCACUCAAUGGCCCUGUGGUUGGCAUGGCUGCUGCGCUGAUUGCUUUUGCCGAUUUCAUUUAUUGCACCCCAGAAACUUAUCUCUUGACACCGUUCGCUAGCUUGGGUCUGAUCAGCGAAGGUGUCUCGUCGAUAGCUUUCGCGGAGCGCAUGGGAAUCUCGAAGGCAAACGAGGCUCUAAUUCUGUCGAAAAGAAUCUCCAGCAAGGAAUUACUUCAGGCAGGUUUCGUGAACCAGAUAUUCGAUUGUCCCGCGGAGUCAUUUCGGACUGAGGUGCUCAAGGAGGUCAAAGAAAGGUUUCAUGACGGUCUGAAUUCCUCGAGCAUGUUGCAGAUUAAGAAGAUGAUUAGACAGAGAUCAAGACGUGAACUGGACGCGCAGAAUGUUGAUGAAGUGUUUGGAGCGUUGGAGAGAAACGUUCAAGGGAUUCCGCAGAAGGAGUUUGAGAAACUGAGGAAAGGGCAGAAGAAGCAUAAACUAUAG